GAUUAUGAGAAAUAAAUAUCACAGAGAAGCUUCCUCCCACUGGUAGUGGCUGCCCUUUCUCUCCGCGUGCUUUUUAAGCUACAGCUCACGCUCCUUCUUCUCCACUCUGUUCUUCUUCAUCACUUUACAGGCCAAUCAACGCUUCCCACUUCAUCUUCUUGACUCUCUCUAGCAUGACUACCACGCCCCGUUACCUCGCCGGCCUAUCAUCAACCAACCAUGCCAUCGUCCUCUUCGUCUCUGUAUUGCUUCUGCUACAAUCGCCGGCCGGGGCGCAGUCCGGGUCGAAUUCAACCCCGCAGGAUCACUACCCGUAUGAGAAGCUGAGCCCGCCGGCGGUGAUCGUCGUCGUGAUCAUUAUUUUCGCGCUCUUCCUCAUGGGUGUCAUCGCGGUCUGCCUUCUCCAGCGAUCCAGAGAGGAGACGGCCGUCAGCGUCCGGGUCCUGGGAUCGGCGCCGCGGCGGCGGCGGGGGCUCGACCCGGCGGUGAUCGAGACGUUCCCGACGUUCGUGUACUCCGCGGUCAAGGGGCUCAAGAUCGGAAAAGGCGCACUGGAAUGCGCCGUCUGCCUGAACGAAUUCGAAGAAGAAGAAACCCUUAGGCUCAUCCCCAAAUGCGACCACGUCUUCCACCCGGAUUGCAUCGACGCCUGGCUCGACGCCCACGUCACUUGCCCGGUUUGCCGCGCCGAUCUCGUUCCUCAGCCCGGCGAGACGCCAAAAUUCGCCGAGGAAGCCGGCGCCGAAAGCCUCCAUGACUGCGACACUUCGAUCCUGGUCGGGGAAGACCCAGAAGAGAGCUUCGCUUCUCCGGCUGUGGUGAACCGGGACCAAAGCUUGAAUUGGAACCGGCAGCUGCGGUCGCGGUCCAUGCGGCCGAGACAGUUUUCGAGAUCGUAUUCGACCGGCCACUCAGUGGUCCAGCCGGGGGAGAACACGGAGCGGUUCACGCUUCGGUUGCCGGCGGAUGUGAGGAAGCAAGCGAUAAUCCGAGCGGUGAACCGGGCGAGCCAGUCCAUGGCCUACCGAACCGGGUCUGGAGAGGGUAGCAGUAGAGGCGGGUGGUCCUUCAAGCGGUUUGAUUCGUUGGACCGGACGGUCAAGUCGGAGCGGUGGGUUUUCUCGAUAACGCCGCCGUUCUUUUCAAGGUGGCCGUCGAUGAAGAUGACUGCGGCCGAGGGCGAGGGCUCGACGAUGGCGGCGACGCCCAGAGGGACCAGCACAGCGGCGAAGUUGCCGUCGUUCAAGCGUUUAGAGAAGAAUGGGGAUGAACCUGGGUCGAGCCCGGUUUAAGGGUCAAUUUUGGGUGCCAUGAAGAUGGCUUUUGUUUAUUGAAACUUGGAAGCCUGACAAAGGCGUGAGACCACUGGACAAUUGCUGGCUGCUGGGAAAAAUACAAAACCAGCAGACCAACUCAAUGUCAAUGGACUGUAAAUUUCUUAAUUAAUUUAUUCUUAAAUUAAUUUUUAAUAUAUUGAUUUAUGUAUUGAACUA